AUGCAAACCCCAGACACCGACGGCGAGGCUUUGUCCAAAGAAACCACCCCAAGCGUCUCCCAAGAGAACCAGAGCCAGCAUCAGCACCAACAUCAACACCCCUCUGACGGUAUCAACUCCCUGGAUGCCAACAACGACGUCAAGCUCUGGCUCCAAUACACCGGCUUCUUUGACACCGAACAGCGCCUCAAAGUCCUCGACGGAUUCCGCAGACUCAAACACCUCGAUGAGCAGCGCUUCAAGCUUCUCGAGGAGAUUCGCACGUCUACAGCGCACUGCGGUUCUUUCAAUAUUGCUACGAUUCCGCAGAUGUUUUCUGCUUUCAAAGACCCGUCGCCAACAUUCUCGAUGGCUAUGGCUAGAUUUAGCGACGAUAACGUCCUGUCGGGCUCCCAGUCAACGGCUUUUGCUAGCUCAAAUGGAAACUGUGGCUCCGAGAUUUCUUCAGUCAAUAAAGGAGUUGAUUCAGAUACCUGGUCCACGACGUUUAGAAAUGGGCUGCCGUCCCGUCAAAGUAGUGCCCGAAAUACUAAAUCUUUCAUGAAAGCUACUGCAUCCCCUGGUAGUCCCGACUCCGAGAUUCAGGGAGCACAAUUUCUGUCCUCGUCGGAUGGACCAUUUCAAACUGGAGCACGUCAUUUCAGCAAAAGUCGGAGCAUGAAUACCUACACUCCAACCCAACUCUUGUCGCUAGCUCCCAAGCAAGCAGUAGCAGAAUCGCGCUACUUUCUAAUCAAGUCCUUCAACUUUAAAAACGUUGACAUGUCCCAGCGAGACGGAUUAUGGAUCACAAGUGCCCGCAACGGCGCCAUCUUCGCCAAUGCCUUCAAGCACCACAAAAACGUCUUUCUCAUCUUUUCCGUCAACAAGUCCAAAGCCUUCCAAGGCUACGCUCGCAUGACCUCCCCCCCAACAACCACCAUCCCCCCUCCAGAAUGGAUGAACAACAUCUCCUGGGAAGCCAGCCUCCCUUUCCGCGUCCAAUGGCUCAGCACCCACCGCACCGAGUUCUGGAAGUUCGGCAAGCUGAGGAACCCGCUCAACGACUGGAAACCCAUCUUUGUCGGCAGAGACGGCCAGGAGUUCCCCGAGACGUGCGGCCGUGAGAUGGUUUACGUCUUGGACCGGGGAGGGGUAAGAGAGAGGGGACGGAGCGGUGCUGAUUCAUGGAGAGCGCGGAAGGAUUGCGAUGAAACUGACAAGGUCGAAACUUGGCAUCAUCAUGAAGCUCACAAGGACGAGACAACAACUUGGCAGCAUCAUUGUGAAUGGUCAGAGACGGAGGAGGACAUCCCUGCCAGCGAGGAAUCCGAGACAACAGAUGACAUGCCACUGAUCAAAUAUUGA